CACAAUCAGUCUCACACAUCCAGCAUAUACAAUUAAGCAUAUCUGAUCUCUUCUCUCUGCAACAUACUAAUACAACAACACUAUGAAGCUUCUUCUUCAACUCGUCCUAAUUGUUAGCAUUAUUAUCUGCUUCCAAACCAGUGUGAAAACAGACAACUCUACGCUGGUGAAUCCCACCUUCCUCCGUGACAAGAAAGCUGUUUGCUUGAUGGGAAACAGAGCAGCUUAUUACUUUCUCCCUGGCUCCGGAGAUGCCCUCAACAACUGGCUUGUUUUUCUUCCGUCAGGUGGCUGGUGCGAGAACUUCACCUCAUGCGUGGAAUACAAUUUGUCCCACAGCACCGGUACACCAUCCCAUCCAACUCCAGCAGACAAUUUUUUGGAUUUUUACAACUGGAACAGAAUCUAUGUAAGAUACUGUGAUGGAUCCUCUAUUACUGGGAAUUCCAAAAAAUUUCAAAAUGAUACGAUGCUCUAUUUUCGAGGAGCUAGGAUUUUCAAAGCAGUUAUGAAAGAGCUGUUGGAAAAAGGAAUGAGAUCUGCUACUAAUGCUCUUCUAGCUGGGGAGUCAGCAGGAGGUGUUGCUACAAUGCUUCACUGCGACAAAUUUCGAGCUCUCUUUCCGAACUCUACUCGAGUGAAGUGCCUCUGUGAUGCAGGAUAUUUCUUUCCUGCGAAGAGGUACAACUAUGGGAACCAAAGCCACUUUUUAUCCAUCUUUCACGGAUUGAUCCAUAUGCAUCGGUCUAGCAAGGCAUUGCCCAUAUCAUGUACCCAAGAAUUAAGUCCAGCAUUAUAUUGUGCUUCUUUGCGCACAAUGUGAAGAAAUAUAUUUAAACGCCGAUGUUUUUUAUAGAGUCUCAAUUUGAUUAUAUUGAGAUAUCUUAUACUACGGGACUUCCAUGGACUUAUUAUACGGGUUGUGUACGUGCCAUGAAUUGUUCAUCCCUACAAAUAAAAAUCAUGCAAGAUGUAAGGAUGGAACUAUUGGGUGUAUUGCCAAAACAAAGCAAUACUUCAUCAACAGGAUUACUGGUUCUAUCCAAGCUUGCUCACACGCAUCUAUUGCAGCCCACUUGGCAUAACCCUGCUAAUACUAAAGAGGCGAUUGCAAAGCAGUUUGCGGACUGGUACUUUCAUGGA